AUGUUCGAAGGGAUCCUCGGUCUCGCCGGCCGUUCGGACCAACAAUCCAAGGACACCAGUCAGGACACCGUGCGCAAGAUGCUCGCUGAUGAGAUGGAAACACGCCUGCAGAAGCUCGACCACGCGGCGCGACAGUGUGAAGCUAAGGCGAAGGAGUUGCGGAACAUGCAGUACAAGAUCACAGACGAGGUGGAUGAAGCGCGCGCCAUGUACAAACAACUGCGGGCGGCCGAGGAAGGCGCCGUGUCGCAGCCAGGGUGUAAAGAUGAACGCGGACGCAAGGAGGUCGAGGAGCUGCACAGGGAACUUGAUGACUUGCGACGCGAGAAUGUUCGAAUGGCGGCAUCGUUGGCGGAGCGCGAGCGGGCGGCCCAGCACGCUUGUCGCGAGCGAGACGAAAUGGCACAGCUCCUGGCGCAACGAAGUGCUGAGCUCGAGGCGGCACAGGCGUUCCUCCCACGCUCCGAAUCGGUCUCCGACAGUGAUGUUGUCGAGCUCGUCGAGGCGCUCAAUUAUGAGAUAAUGCAGGCGGCGACGACCGUAGCGGAGUCUUUCGACGGAGCUCAUCGCGUAGCGGUCCCGCCCGAGACUUACGCCACAGAGCUGAAAGCGAAAGAGAAGGCGUAUGGGCCAAGUAUCGCGCGCUUACUCCUUGCGCCUUCCGACGGGGACCCUGUUCUGUUUCUGCGUGUUGCGCUACAGGCUGUGCUGGCACGUCAAGCCGAGGCCUAUAUCGUACGUUGGUGCUAUCGCGAUCUGGCUUCGUCGAACGCCAUGCGCAAGAUCAUGCGCCUGGUGCGCGAACACGAGUCUGAACACGUCGCGGUACGUUGGAGUGAGCUCGGGCACAGAUAUGCCAGGGCAGCCAUCGACAAAGGCAUCACAGCUGAUGCUAUCACCACGGAUAUAUCGGCGCACUGGGCGGAUGUUCUCUCAACGGGUGGUUACGCUUUGGAAGGAGAUAGCACGUACAGACAGUCCCUUAUAACUUCGCACGCCAGCAAACAACUCGAAGAGGUGUCGAAGCUUGUCUUGGAGUUGAACAAGGUGAUUGGGCAAAAGGUGACGCGCGGUUGGCUGCGUUGCAUGCGAGUGGAGGACGGGGCAGCCUUCGACCCGAAUGCGAUGGAGGCGGACAUUCAGGACGGGACCGCGAACGGACAAGACCAAACGCCGGCAUAUGUUGUCUUGUGCACGAGCGGGAUCGGUCUUAGACGCGCGGAAGGAGGUGUAGUGACCACAUUGGUGAAGCCGAAGGUCGUCGCCGUACCCGCAGGAGCGUCGCAGUAG